CCCGGUUACAUUCUCUUCCGGGCCUUGGCUUCCUGCUGAAAAGCAAUUUUCGAUGAACGGAGAGGGUAUUUACAACUCAUGGUUGAAAAAUAACCGUUCACUCUUAAAUGUCAAAUGAACAACCGUUUUCUGUCUGGAGACAAGCAAAUAUUAAAUCCGGAGAGACAGAAGAAAGUUAGGAGUAUCGCUGGGGGGUACUUUUUGGAGCACAGAGGCUAAAAACAAUGCCACAUUUCUUGUGUCCAGAGCCGCUGUCAGUCGCACAACUCAAGCGACUAGAAGAGCAUAAAUACAGCGCCUCCGGCCGAUCCCUUUUCGAACCAGCGUGUCAAGUAUACUGGAAUUGGCUGGUCCAACAAAUUCCAACCACGAUCGCACCGAAUACGCUGACUAUAAUUGGACUCGUUGUGAAUAUUGUCACAACUGUAGUGCUAGUGUAUUACUGCCCGUCGGCAACAGAAGAGGCUCCAGCAUGGGCGUUCUUCCUCAGUGCACUGGGACUGUUCAUCUAUCAGUCUCUGGAUGCGAUCGAUGGGAAACAGGCCAGGAGGACCAACAGCAGCUCACCUUUGGGAGAGUUGUUUGACCAUGGCUGUGACGCUGUCUCUACAGUGUUUGUUGCCGUGGGAACAUGUAUAUCCUGUGGGAUAGGAAUGUAUCCAGACUGGAUGUUCUUCUGCGGUUUCGUUGGGAUGUUCAUGUUCUUCUGUGCCCAGUGGCAGACCUAUGUUUCUGGAACUCUCCGUUUUGGCUUGGUUGAUGUUACAGAGGUCCAGAUUUCCAUCAUUGUCAUGUAUCUGAUGUCAGCUUUUGGUGGAGUGGGCCUUUGGGACAACAGGUUGCCUGUCGUGGGUUUGAAGCUUAGUGCCUUUCCCAUCAUAGGCAUCAUCGGUGGAUUCUUGUUGUCCACCUAUAACUACUUCUAUGUCAUAUUGAAUGGGGGCGUGGGCAAAAAUGGCUCAACUGUUGCCGACACCAGUGUACUGACCCCAGGCAUGCACAUUGGCCUCAUCCUCACCUUGGCUUUCAUCAUCUUCAAGAAGUCCUCUACCCAGCUGUUUCAGUUGCACCCUUGCCUCUACAUCCUCACCUUCGGCAUGGUCAUCGCCAAGAUCUCCAACAAACUGGUGGUUGCUCACAUGACCAAGAGUGAGCUGUAUCUCCCAGACACAGCCUUUAUCGGGCCUGGCCUUCUUUUCCUUAACCAGUACUUUAACAGCUUCAUUGAUGAGUACAUAGUCUUGUGGGUUGCAAUGGUCUUGUCUCUGUUGGACCUGACACGCUACUGCACAGGCGUCUGCCUCCAGAUCGCCUCACACCUGCGCAUCAGCGUGUUCAGCAUUGCACCGCAGGGCCACAGCCACCACGACUGAGGCCUUGCCCGGCGGGAGGAGGAGGAGGAGGAGGAGGAGGAGGAGGAGAAGGAGGAGGAGGAGGAGGGGCAGGCCGAUGCCACCCCGCUCCUGAAAGCAGACGACGACGACAGCCCCUCGAUCCAAAACUGCAGCAAUCUUGAUACAGUGACCACCUCUAACUAAAGUCUGUCCCACAUACAAGAGUUGUGAAAGGAAGACGACCAGCCGUGGUUUAGAUGAAGGGUACUCCUGCUGACCACGCCCACUGCCAGACUGCAGCACUAUGUAGAGGUAGUAUAGGGUUAGGGUUAGGGUUAGGGUUAGGCUAACCCUAACCCUACUCCUGCUGACCACGCCCACUGCCAGACUGCAGCACUAUGUAGAGGUAGUAUAGGCAGCACGGGCAGGAGGAUGAAAAACCAAGCGGGUCUUGGGUUCCUUUCGUCUUUGAUGACGUAGGUCGUUUUCACUAUCAGAGCCAAUUUGGAAGAUCUUAGAAUGUCAACUUGAAAUGUAUGUCUUCAUUAAAGAAGACAGUUCUGUUUUCUUGAACAUCUAAAAGGCAGAGUUUCCAUCUCCAGCUUAUUCAAUUUAGAGACAAAAGUAUUGCUUGCUAGCAUGAGGUACUAGUUGUAAGUCUGGGUAAAUAUAUCAAAUGUAGCCUAUGCUGCAUUGUUUAUUGGCCUGUUAUAGUUCAAUUGGUAUGUUGACUACACUUGAUAACCUUUCUUUUAUGCAGUAUAAGUACAUAUCUCCUUCUAAAAAAGCCUUUUAGUUGCUUUUAUACAGAUCUAGAUUGUGUUAUACUGUUUGAUACUUGCCCACAAUUUGCAUAGACCUAGUACCUCCUUAAAAUGUGUGAAUCAUUAGAAUUUAUUUAUAGGGUUAUUCAAUCAAAAGUUGCAGCAACUGAAAUCAGGGCUAGAAAAUUCUCCCAAAAUUUACUUUUUAAACCUCUGAUCAUUUCCAAUGAAAUUUGUAAUGUGGACUAACUUUUGUUCAGUUCCAUGUGGUCAGCUCUACAUCUGUCAAGGACUGCAGGGGCGAGGGUCUGUGUUAACACUGGCUCAACAAUGACAAAGCUUUUACAGGGUUCCUCCAUCUAACCAUUAUGGCUACACUACAACUCCUCUAACUGUUUAAAGUGUACAAACACUACAUAAAACGUGUAUUUUGCAAAUCACUCUGGAAUCUUAGUUUCCCAUCCAUCCAAGUCCAUGUGGAGUUUUGUCUGUUGGAGAUGAUGUGUUAACACAAGAUCAUACGCUCUCUUUGUUUUCCUCCCUAAAGGGCUACAUAAUUAUAUGUGAUUGUACAGAAUUUAGUUUGAAGCCUUAAAGUUUAUUUUUUAAUUGUUUUAUUUUAAAUUUCUGUGCGGAUGUUUGGUGAGAGAAGUUGAUAAACACUGUCUUUUUGUUUAAAUUUUCUGUAGUUUAUGCAGAAAACUUUACUUAUGGAUCAGUGUUUUAUAACUGUAAUUUAAGUAUCAUGCAAGAUACCCAAGCUAAGACAUAGGACUACUGGAAUAUGUUUUACCGUUAACUAGACAUAACUCUUGACUGGAAUCUGUCUGUUUCUCAUUUAACAUUUAUACAAACACAUUUAUACAAUGUACAGGUGAAUGCAUUUGGUACUUGAACCUCAAUGAUUUGUGAUAAUAAUGAUACCAUGAUUGGAACAGUUUUCCGAUAUCAAACAUACAUAAUGGCUCUGUUUCUUGAAGGAUGACAGAACAUAACAUUGAAAUUAAAUCUGUGUUUAACAUUAGGAUACAGAAAGGGAUACAUUUGGGAGAAAUGGUGGUCAAAACCCCAUGUAAUAAUGGAGGCUUAAAUGAUCAAAUAUACAAAAUGAAUCACCUCUGUCUUAAACAUGCAUAUAGUAGUGAUCCAUGCCCUAAAAGGUCAUUUUGUUUGGAUGCAGAUAAUGAAGGUAGAAUGCUAAAUAAGAGCUUUCAGGUGAUGUAAGGUUGCUGAGUGACUGUAACUGACACUAACUUGAUGUUUCUGUUCAAUCAGGGGUUUUCCAGCUGGUUAACUAUGGAACUAUGCAUUAGAGGUCCACAUGCUCAACCAUAACAUGGUAUUGCACUGUUCAACACUAUACAGUAAUACACCUUUGUACUAACAAAAGUGAGUGAAAAGGUUUUAAUAAAGACAUAUUUUUCAUUCAA